UUUCACUUUGCCAAUUCCGUAAUUCGACACUCGGCCAGUGCGUCAAUACGCCUUCAAUGGACAAAUUUGCUGAUCAAAAUAAAAUCCUCAAUUUUAAAUCCUGCGGCUUUUGUCCGACUGAUAAACUUGAGAAGGAUCUUUAUAAAUGUCCGAAUUGUCAAAAAUUUUAUUGUUCUGUUCGUUGUUACCGAAGCAAGAAACAUUUGGAAUGUUCUGAAUUAUUUUUUAAAAUGCAGUGUGAAGAAUUAACGGAAAAUUCUGCAGAAGAAAAGUCGACUUCUUCAAUUAAUAGACCUGUUACUACUUUUGAACAGUAUAUGGAUAAACAAAAUCGUGAAAAAUCAGAAUUGGAUGAAAAGCUGAUAAAUCCGGAGAUCCCACUAGAAAUCAGCCCCGAUGAACAAUUGCUUUUCGAUUCGGAUGAUGAACCUGAAUAUCUCAGCGAUGUUGUUGAAUCUUCUAUGAGGCAAUUUGAGACAAUUGACGAUGAAGAAUUGGACAGAAAUUUACUAGCUGCUGGGCUACCAAUUGUGCUAGAAAGGGGAUCAGAAGAAGAAACACAAGAACAGUUAGAAAAACUUUUUAAAAGCCUGGAUGAUGAUGAGAAAAAGAAAUUUACACAAAUGGCAGAAGGACUUUUUGAAAAAGAUUUUCUUGCUUAUACAAAUUGUUUUCGUAAGAAAAAAUCUAAAUAAAUUUCAUU